GUACGAUUUACAAAUCCUUUUUUAUAUUCAUGGAUUGAAUUCCUCAAUCCAAUCAAAGAGAGCUAGUUGAAGUGGGUCAGGUUUCAUCUUUUUUACUUGGACACAUUACAAGUUGUUGUGCAUAUGUCAAUGUGUCAGGCUCUGACACCUCUUCUCUCUCUGGAUUGUGCAAUACAUACCAAUCAUACAUUAAGCCUGGCAUCAUCAAAUUAUUCUCUCUAGCUUUUCAUCGGUAUGUUGCAAAAAUUUCAGCUUCUUAUGAUCACAUGAUAUCAUAUCCCAUGUUACAUGCUGCACCUGUCAAGAACUAGCUUAGCUUCUUUGUGUGCUUUGUAUUAAAAAAAAGGUUGCCUUUUUUAACUCCAUUUUGAUUUACAAAAUAAAUUUGCAAACUUGCCUUCGGGUUUUCCUUAUCUUGGUUGUCUCUUGUAAUGAGUUGUUAGCAAAAGGAAGACCAAAUCUUAUUUACGAGUCUUCCUUUUUCUCUUUCUGAGUUGUUAAGUUUUUGAGCACGCACUUCAGUUGCCUCUGCCAAGCUGGACACCAUUAUUGCUUCUGAAAGCAUCUUUAAAGGAGUUUUCAGUUUCUGGGUUUGUUUUGUUUUUAUUGAUUAAUGUAUUUUCUUGAAAAAAGUUUCCAUCUUGGUUGGUUUUGGUGUCUAAUAUUUACUUUUAGUUAGGUUCUUUAUUACUGGGGCUUGGUUUUGUUCAUAGUUUAUGUAUUGGUUGGUAUCUUGUUUGUUCUUCUAAUCUGGAUCUUGAGCAUUCCAUUUCUCUCACUUUUUUGAAACUGAUAUGUGGUUUAAAGCUUUUUGUAGUAACAAAUUUCAUUUGGGUCUAAAGGGUGAUCCUUUCUUUCCUUUUCUGAAGAAAAGUAAAAAUCUUUGAUUGCAAAUUGCAUUUUUUUUUCAAUAUUGACAAAAACUCUUCCUUUUCAACUAUUUCUUCAAGUUCUCCAUCAGGGGUAUCCUUAGAGUAUCUGGGCAUUGCAAAAACUCUUCCUUUUCAAAUAUUUCUUCAAGUUUUCCAUCUGGGGUAUCCUUUGAGUGAUGCAAACUGAAGGCCUGUUAACAAAUGGCAAGUCUUGUACCUGGAGUGUUACUCAAGCUUUUGCAGCACAUGAAUACAGAUGUCAAGGUUGCUGGGGAACACAGGUCAUCUUUAUUGCAAGUGGUGAGCAUUGUCCCAGCAUUAGCAGGUGGUGAGUUAUUUCCUAAUCAAGGGUUUUAUCUUAAGGUAUCAGAUUCAUCUCAUGCGACUUAUGUGUCUUUGCCUGAUGAGCAUGAUGAUUUAAUUCUUAGUGAUAAAAUCCAAUUAGGCCAAUUUAUUCAUGUUGAAAGGCUUCAAUCAGCCUCACCAGUACCUAUUCUUAGAGGGGUUAGGCCAGUACCAGGGAGGCACCCUUGUGUAGGGAGCCCUGAAGAUAUUGUAGCAACGCAGUCUCCUGGUUUUCUCAACAAUAAUCACGUGGGGAAAGCCAAAUCACCUAGAAGGGGUGUUUUGAGCAGUACGAAUGUUGGAGAAAAGGAUAAAUCAGUGGGGGUUAGACUGAAUGGUAAUUCUAAUAAGGAUGCUUUGUCAGAUAAGAAGACGACUCUGACUAGAUCAAAGUCUCAAUUGUCAAAACUUACACUAAAUCUGGAUUCGAAGAAGGAAUCUGUGGCAAAAUUUAAGUCAACGAGUUCAAGAUCAAUUCCUUCUUCCCCGACUAGUUGUUAUUCAUUGCCUACUUCAUUUGAGAAGUUUUCAAAUGGGGUUCGGCUGCAGGCAAAGGUUAAGGGACUGGACAAGGGAUCACCUAGGAUUGUAGAAAAGGCAAGUUCUGUUCGUGGGGCCAGUCCCACUGCAAGGAGGGUGCCGGUGAUCAAGAAUGUUGUUCAGGGGAUUGAGUUGGGGGCAAAAGCCUUGAGGAAAAGUUGGGAGGGGAAUAUGGAGGUGAAGCAUAGAGAGAAUUCGAAAUUGACAGCUGCCAGACAUGAUUCAAAGCCUGAAGCUAGGAGUAUUUCUACUCCGAGAAAAAGUACAUCAAGUGAGAGAUUGCCAUCUAAAGAGGAUUAUAGGGCCCAAGUAUCUGCCAAGUCGUCUAAAGAGGAGAAUAAAAUUCAGAUAUCUACCAAGAAAAAUGUUGCAAAUGGAAGUUUGGAUGAACAAGACAAGGCAAAUAAGCUAAGAACAAGUGUUGGAAAGAAAUCAUCAGAACAUGCUAACAAUGGGUUACCAGGAAAUCUGGUCAAGGUCUCGAUAAAUAGCAGAAGACUGACUGAAGGAAGUGUUUCAUGGAGUUCACUACCCUCUUCUCUUGCCAAACUUGGAAAGCAGGAAGUUGUGAAGCAUAGAGAUGCUGCACAGAUGGCAGCAAUAGAGGCUAUUCAAGAGGCAACUGCUGCAGAGAGCUUACUUCGAUGUCUAAGUAUGUACGCAGAGCUGACUUGCUCUGCUAAGGAAGAUAACCCAAAACCUGCUGUGGAGCAGUUUUUAACUCUUCAUGCAAACUUGAAUAAUUCUCGCUUGAUUGCCGAUUCUCUUUUUAAAAUUACUCUAGUUGGUUCAUCCCCAGAUUCCUAUGACAAUCCAUCUGAAGAAGCACUAAAGGUCACGUCUGAUAGACGUAAACAUGCAGCCUCUUGGGUCCAAGCUGCACUGACCACCAAUCUGUCGUCCUUUUCAGUGUUUACCAAAGAUUCUACAACUCCUACUCUUGGUACAAAGCCUACUGCCAGCAAUCAAUCCAUUUUAGUCCUUGAAAAUUCUUCGAAGAAUACCUCAACAAAAACUCAAGGGAAAGCCCGUCCAAUGGUUGGCUCCAAGCUUGUAGCAACAGGAGCUUUUCGCAAACCAGGGGAUAAUUCUGCCAUUACUCAAAAGGUGCCACCCCAACCUCCACGAGAGUGGAUCAAAGGAAAUGGCCUUGACGAGGCAGUGGACUUGGCAGAAAUGUUGCGGAUGGAAUCCCAGGAUUGGUUCUUGGGAUUUGUUGAGAGGUUCUUGGAUGCCGAUGUGGAUACCUCGGCUUUGUCAGAUAAUGGCCAAAUAGCAGGGAUGUUGACGCAGCUUAAAAGUGUGAAUGACUGGUUAGAUGAGAUUGGAUUGAACAAGGAUGAAGCAGAAGCACCCCAUGUUUCAUCAGAGACUGUUGACAGGUUAAGAAAGAAGAUUUACGAGUAUCUUCUUACACACGUUGAAUCAGCUGCUGCAGCACUAGGUGGUGGAUCACAAUCAUCACUGGCGAUCCGAACUGUAGACACUAAAACAAAGAGGUGAUACUAUUAGUUUUUGUAGCUUGGCCACAUGCAGUGUUGGUGAUGCAUAUAAUAGUAACAUACCAUUGAAGCUGUGCCCCUUGGCAACCAAGCCAAGUGGGCUUAGGAGCUCAGUGUUCUAAUCAAUGUACAUAAAUCCUACAUGGGUUUGAGGUAUAGAUCACUAUUAAUUAUCAAAGAAAGCAUUUGUUGUAA